AUGUCAACUCCAGAGGCUCUCAUUUCAAAGUUCCAAGUGACCAAGCUCUUAAAGCAAGAUCAAAAUGGCCGACGUAUAACUCUCCUCGGCACAAUCGACGAGCAACAGGGUAUCCUCACAGCUGAGCGUGCCGCAUUCGCCACCGAGUCCCUGGAAGUAAUCCAAGCCUUCCACGCAGCCCUGACCCGCAUCAACAACCUGGGCGACAACGAUAUCUACCGCUGGUACCUCGCAUCCUCAAACGGAAGUACAGAUGCCACCAACACCAACCUCCAGCACGACCUAAAGCUCAACCUAAUCUGGCCAUGCACUGAGCAGCAUAUCAAGAAAUAUUCGGAUCAACAGGUCCGCAUGGUCACCGAAACGCCGGAAAUCUACAAGGAACAAGUUCGCCCAUACAUGCAAGCGAAGCGCGAAGAAGGCCGCUUGAAUUGGGUGUUUAAUAUCCUCGAAGGCCGGACAGAGCAGGAGGAUGUCAUAAUGCGGGACUCCGGACAUGGUCCUGAGGAUGCGUUCCUCAUGCUGCCCGAUCUGAACUGGGAUCGGAAGACGCUUAGCUCGCUGCAUUUGUUGGCGUUGGUGCAUCGUCGCGACAUUUGGAGUUUGAGGGAUUUGCGUAAGAGUCAUGUGCCUUGGUUGAAAUAUUUGCGCCAGCGUGUGCUUGAGGCUACGGUUUCGAUGUAUCCGGAUUUGGAGCAAGAUCAGCUUAAGCUUUAUGUUCAUUAUCAACCAACUUACUACCACUUUCACAUUCAUGUUGUCAAUGUCAUGUUGGAGGCUGGUGCUACACAGGCUACUGGUAAGGCGUUUGGCUUAGAGAAUAUUAUUUCGCAGCUGGAGACUAUGACUGGUGGAGAGGAUGCUAGUAUGGCCGAUGUGAGCUUGACCUACUACUUGGGCGAAGCGAAUGAGCUAUGGACGGGUAUUUUUGCGCCGUUGAAGACGAAGCAGCAGUAA